AGGGUAUGGCUGAACGCAGUCCCUGUAGUCAGGGAUCCGGGGCCCCUCAAGAUGGUUGAAGCAGCCAGUUUGCCCGACUUCAUGGAGGGCCGCUACGACAUGUACGAGCGGAACACCUUCCUGGACUUCCCUGCGCCGUUGCCGCCCUUGCCGCUGGAGAAGGCACAGACGGAUCCUCCACCUGGUCUGGAGGGUUUGUGCGGCAUCCGCUCCGGGAAGUUCAUCUCCGAGACGGAGCACUCAGAGGAUUCCACUGCGGCGGAUGAGGCCGACGCGCCGCCCCCCUUGCCGCUGGAAGUCUUCGUGACGCCCGACUGCUUUGAAGAGAUCGACCUGGGCCUGCCGAAGCCUCUUUCUGCUACAGCGCCAGCCUUCAUCCCGUGCCCCCUGCACGGCGUAGACCUACCAAUCAGCAGCCCCUCCAUGCUGGGCAUGGAAGAGCCACAGUUUCCAGAGCCUCGGGCCAGAAAGCAAAUCUCCCUGGAGGAGAUGUUGGCCGUGCCUUCCUCGCCGCCUUUGGUUCCCAUGCCAGUGGCGGGUGCUGCUCCCAAGUGGCUGCCAGCCCCGCCUUCCAUGCCCGCGCCCGUGCUCGCAGAGGUUCCGGCGCCGGAGGUCCCAGCAGCUGUGGCAGUGGCAGGCCCAAGUUCGCUGGAGGGCGAACUGCAGCCCGGGCAGCUGUUUUGCAAGGCGAGUGGAGAAGGCAGCUGGAAUGUGCACUGGACGCUAGACAGCAAGCAGCUCUACAACACAACAGUUCGCUUGGUCUCCAGCACUUUUUCGCUCGAUGUCGAGGGUGUUGGCCCCAUGCCCUUCAAGGCGUUGCUCCAGCCGAAGGUUGUCAUCAACAACAAGCGGGGCGGAGGUUUCAAAAAGGCCAAGGGCAAAGGCAGCGUGGUGCUGAAGUGCGAGGCUGAGCACGCUGAAAGAUACCCCAAGAUGCACGUGGCCUUCCGCGUGGGAAGGGGGUCGCUGCUGCCGGCCCGAGUGAUCGAGGCGCACGACUUUGCUGAGCAGAGCUGCUGCUGCCUGCCAGAGCAACAGCAGGAGUGGGACUUCAGGAGCCUUGUGGACGAGCCAACGGGAGCCUUGCUCGUUUCGAUGCGCAUAGAGGCGGCGUCAGCUAGCCCGUGAGAGAGGGCGGGGUUUCACCUGUGCAACAGCACCUGGCACUUGGUGCCAUUGCGGCUCAGGUCACAAGUUUCACCGGACAGAAGCUUCUGUCCAGGACAGAAGCUUCUGUCCAGCGAGGUUCACUGCCUGCUUUAGCGGUCAAGGCUCAAAUUCGGUCCUGCAUUGAGCUCCUUGACGACUUGCCCUUUGCUCCAUGAAAGCGGUGGUGUCCAGGUCUUCCUGUACGGCCUAGGCUGCGGUAGCU